UCCACGGUCGAGACAAGUGACCAUCAGAGAUGUGUGGGGUUAAGUAAAAAACGUUAGCUUAUGCAAAUUUCAUCUCUAUAUAUAAAGAUCAUCGUCAAAAGGAGUGUAAUAUCACUUCAUUGAAAUAAAUUAGUAAAAGAAAACAAAUAUAGAAUGGAGCUACAUGGAGAUUCUUCCGGCGAGUUUGACACCAAGUCUCCGGCGGACAAGUUAUUUACAUCUUUCACCGACGACAUAAACAACACUUUUGACAUCAUAUCGAAAGAGAAGAUCACUGAGUAUGUGGGUUGGGAGAAAAGAACGGUGACGCUGAGUAUGAGUGGAAAUCUUGUCUCAGAUAGCUACAAGAAGUUCAAAGCAACCAUCACGGUAACUCCCAAGGCCGAUGGUAGCCGCGUGUUGUGGGCCGUCGAGUUCGAGAAGAUCCGCCAUGACGUUGAAGAUCCAGUGUGGAUCAUCGACAGUCUUAUCAAUUACUUAAAGGAGAUUGAUGGAAUUUUUAAUAUAUAGUAUUUUUUCUAAAUGAACUGGAACCUAAAAUAUUUGUGGUCUACGUUCGCCAUGUUGGGGUUUAUGAACUACGUUUGAGGAUUGUAAUCACUCACUCAUAAUGAACAAAUGAGGAUUUGGGAAUCAGAGACCGCAUCAUUUGUUAUC